AUGACGUCCAACAUUGACCCGGCCUUCCAGCAUAUCGCCAGCGCCGAUCUGGACGCGCUGUUGAAGCAGCUCACAAUCGACGAAAAGAUCGCCCUGUUGUCCGGCGAUGACUUCUGGCACACCGUCGCGAUCCCGCGACUGAAUAUCCCUGCGAUCCGACUCUCCGACGGCCCCAAUGGCAUUCGGGGCACGAAGUUCUUCGGCAGUGUUCCGUCGGGUUGUUUUCCCUGCGGCACCGCUAUUGGCGCCACCUUCGACCAAGACCUGGCGCUAAAGGUCGGUCAUCUUUUAGCGGAUGAGGCCAAGGCCAAAGGCGCCCAUGUCGUCUUGGGCCCAACUAUCAACAUCGCUCGGGGUCCUCUGGGAGGAAGAGGGUUCGAAUCGUACUCCGAGGACCCCGUUCUGUCGGGAGUCCUGGCUGGCCAGUACUGCUCUGGCCUGCAGGAGAAAGGCAUCGCGGCAACCUUGAAACACUUUGUCUGCAAUGACAUGGAGCACCAGCGUAUGGCAUACAAUUCGAUUUUGACCGAUCGCGCCCUGAGGGAGAUUUACCUUCUGCCGUUUAUGAUCGCGAUUGCGCAGGGCAAACCCGAUGCUAUCAUGACGGCGUACAACAAGGUCAAUGGCACGCACGCAGCGGAAAACCCAACGAUUCUGCGGGAUAUUCUUCGCGGAGAAUGGGGAUGGGAGGGACUUGUGAUGAGCGACUGGUUUGGUACGUACAGCACCUCGGAAGCCGUUCUAGCGGGACUCGAUCUCGAAAUGCCCGGCCCGACUCGCUGGCGUGGUGGCGCAUUGGCGCACGCGGUCACCGCCAACAAGGUCCCAAUGGCCGAUCUCAAUGCCCGAGUUCGUGCCGUUCUGCAGUUGGUCCAGAAGGCCAGUCGCUCGGGUGUCCCACAGCAUGCGCCGGAGGGGCAGCUCAAUCGCGCGGAGGAUCGGCGCCUACUGAGGCAGAUCGCUGCCGAGGCGAUUGUCUUGCUGAAGAACGAGGACAAUAUACUCCCCUUGAACAAGACGAAGCGGGUGGCUGUCAUCGGUCCUAAUGCAAAGGUUGCAUCAUACUGCGGAGGUGGCAGCGCCUCCUUGAACCCCUAUCAGGCGGUUACCCCAUUCGAUGGUCUUUCCGCCUCUGCCCCCGGCAACGUGGAGUUCGCCCAGGGCGUUUAUGGCCAUCAGAACCUGCCUCUCCUUGGAAAGCUUAUGCACACCAAGGAUGGCCAGACUGGCUUUACAUUGAGAGCUUACAAUGAGCCCCCAACCGUUUCCAAUCGGCGCAUCGUGGAAGAGCGAGUUGAGACAGACUCCAACUUGUUCCUUAUUGAUUACAGCCAUCCGGAGCUCGAGAGCGUCUGGUACGCUGAUGCUGAGGGGUAUCUCACUCCCUCGGAGAGUGGUGUCUAUGAUAUCGGUCUUACUGUGCAUGGAACAGGAAAGCUGUAUGUGGAUGGAGAACUCCUGAUCAACAAUGCGGACGUACAGAGACCUGGCACAAGCUUCCUCGGAAAUGGCACCUUAGAAGAGAUUGCCUCUUUGCAACUUGAGGCUGGCAAAGCCUAUCAUAUUCACAUCCAGUGGGGAUGCGCCAAAACAAGCACCUUCAAAAUUCCGGGUGUGGUCGACUUCGGCCACGGUGGAUUCCGCUUCGGUGCCUGCAAGCAACUUCCCCCUGCAGAUGGAAUUGCUCAGGCCGUCCAGCUCGCAGCAAAUGUCGACCAAGUCGUUUUGGUUGCCGGGCUUAGUGCGGAAUGGGAGUCUGAGGGAGAAGACCGUCCGAACAUGGCCUUGCCUCCAUACAAUGAUGAGCUGAUCUCUCGUGUGCUUGAGGCGAACCCUAACACUGUGGUCGUCAUUCAGAGUGGCACGCCUGUUGAGAUGCCCUGGAUCCACAAAGCAAAGGCGGUGCUCCAUGCAUGGUAUGGGGGCAAUGAGACAGGCCACGGUCUGGCAGAUGUGGUUUUCGGCGAUGUCAACCCGUCUGGCAAGCUUCCUCUCACUUUCCCGCAGAAGCUUAAGGACAACCCUACCUAUUUCAACUUCCGCUCUGAAGGCGGUCGAGUGCUUUAUGGAGAGGACGUGUAUGUGGGAUAUCGGUACUAUGAUACCCUAGAGGUUGAGCCUUUGUUCCCCUUUGGUCACGGUCUUUCCUACACCACGUUUGAACUGUCAAACCUGCAACUGAAGAAGGAUUCUGACAGAGACCUAACUGUGGGAUGCACGUUAGCAAACACGGGCUCCCGGUCGGGAGCUGAAGUUAUCCAGGUUUAUGUCGCGCCUGUAUCACCUCCACUGAAGAGACCACAGAAAGAGCUGAAGGCUUUCAGUAAGCUGACAUUGAACGCUGGAGAGUCGCGACCGGUGGAAAUACCCCUAGACCUAGUCCGAGCAACCAGCUACUGGGAUGAAUACACCAACAGCUGGUGCAGCCACAGCGGCACCUAUAACAUCAUGGCUGGAACGAGUAGCCGCGGUAUCUUCCUCGAAGCUUCGGUGGAGCUGAGCGAGACGACCUUCUGGCAAGGUCUUUGA